GCGGCAGAGUGGAACGUUGUGUUGGCCGGCCACUGGGGUGAGCCCGGCCUCGGAGGCGAGGUGGCUCGGCGCAUUCGUGGUCUUGGCUGGCUUGAGAGCCUUGACCUGGAAGAGCCUGGCCGAGGAGGCCCGCUCCCCUGCCCGCGGUGGCGGGUCCGUUCGUCUUCCUCCGAAGGGCUUUCUGUGCCCGCUUUCUUUGUUGGCGUCUGGAGAUGUCGGCGUCGCCUGCUUCCCGCCGCUCCGAGCGGGCGUGCGCCCAGCACCACCCACCGGUCCACUUGAGCAUCUCUUUUUCCUGUUUUGACCCGCUGCCAAGCCUCCACCUGCAUUUUGUGCUGUAGCCCCUCUCGGUCCAGGCGCCCUCUUUCUCUCCAGAGGAGACCUGUCUUGGUCAUCGUGUCAAAGUGUCCAGGGUGAACUGAACUCAGCUUCGACUUGUACAGAGGUGACCCGGUCUUUGAAAGGGAGAAUGAGAGAGUAGAGAGAGGAUCUGAGACUCUUCCUCUUCCCAAAUCAGAGAGCAGUGCAGGAAGCCAGGGGACGGCAGCCAUGCUUCAGACAACAUGGUCCCAGGAGCCAGUGACCUUUGAGGAUGUGGCUGUGUACUUCACCCAGAAUGAAUGGGUCAUCCUGGAUCCUGCGCAGAGGGCCUUGUACAGGGAGGUGAUGCUGGAGGAUUAUGCAAAUGUGGCUUCCCUGGCUUUUUCGUUCACCAGACCUGUUCUGGUCUCUCAGCUGGAGCGAAGGGAACUGCCAUGGGGCCUCGAUCCCCGGGAACCUGUGGGCAGGGAGGCCCUCAGAGGAGUCUGUCCAGGCGGGGAGACCAGAACUGACAAGGAAGAAGCAACGCCAAAAGAACACAUUUCCAAAGAAGCAGAGUCCCACGGACUGACAUUAGGAGGGCUGCCAGGGAAUGUUCCCCAGCACCUUGGCUUCAGGAGCCACCUAGAACAGCACAGCCACAGGAUGGUUAAGAGGAAAGAGUCAAAGAGGAGAGAUUUCACAGAUGGGUCAGCCAGGCAUCAGGAGGCCUGUGCUGUGGAGAGCGGGGAGAAGUGUGAGAAACUGGGAAAAUACUUUAGUGUUAGCACACAACUCACUACGAAUCAGACAAUUUCUAGCGGUCAGCUAUCUUAUAAGUGUGGAAAAUGUGACGGAUGCUUCAUUCGGAUGGCGGACUUCCACAGACAUCAGAGAUGUCACACUGGUGAAAAGUCUUUUGAAUGCAAAGAAUGUGGAAAAUACUUCAGAUAUUAGUCCUUACUUAUCCGGCAUCAGGUAAUCUACAUUGGGAAGAAACCAUUUAAAUGCAAAGAAUGUGGGAAAGGUCUCAGUUCAGAUAUGGCCUUGAUUCAGCAUCAGAGAAUCCACACUGGAGAAAAGCCCUAUGAGUGUCGGGAGUGCGGCAAGGCCUUCAGCUGCAGCCCCGUCUUCCUCCAGCACCAGAGGUUCCACACUGGGGAGAAGCUCCAUGAGUGCGAGGAAUGUUGGAAAACUUCCAGCUGUAGCUCAAGUUUCAUCGUCCAUCAGCGAAUGCACACUGGGGAGAAACCCUACGAAUGUAAGAAGUGUGGGAAACGAUUAAGCUCCAACACAGGCCUGACUCAGCAUCAGUGGAUCCACACUGGGGAGAAACCUUUUGAAUGUAAGGAACGUGGGAAGGCCUUCAAUCAGAAAAUCACCCUGGUUCAGCAUGAGCAUGUCCACACUGGUGAGAAACCUUACGAGUGUAAGGUGUGUGGGAAAACUUAUAGCUGGCGUGGAAGGUUCAUCCUGCAUCAGAAACUCCAUGUGCAGAAGACAUCUAUCCAAGAGUAGCACUCUCCACAGCUAGGCUCACGGUGCCUCUUCUUGUUUCUCCCCAUCUUCAUGCUUUUGAUUAAUGUCAUCACUGCCUUUUCUGAACUGUGCUAAUUCUAUUUAUUUAUUUAUUUAUUUAUGGCUGCGUGGGGUCUUAAUUGCAGCACGCAGGAUGUUUCAUUGUGUUGCGCCAGCUUCUCUCUAAUUGUGGCGUGGGCUCCAGAGUGUGCGGGCUCAUUAGUUGUAGCUCGCACACUUAGUUGCCCUGUGACAUGUGGGAUCUUAUUUCCCUGACCAGGGAUCGAACCCGCAUCCCCUGCGUUGGAAGGUGGAUUUUUUUUUUUUUUUUUUUUUUUUUUGCGGUACGCGGGCCUCUCGCUGUUGUGGUCUCUCCUGUUGCAGAGCACAGGCUCCGGACGCGCAGGCUCAGCGGCCAUGGCUCACGGGCCCAGCCACUCCGCGGCAUGUGGGAUCUUCCCAGACUGGGGCACUAACCCGUGUCCCCUGCAUCGGCAGGCGGACUCUCAACCACUGCGCCACCAGGGAAGCCCUGGAAGGUGUAUUCUUAACCACUGGACCACCAAGGAAGUCCCUAACUGUGCUAAUUCUUAAGCAUCUGCUGCUUCUUUCUGCGUAACUGCAACGCAUGCUCCUCUGGCCUGUCCCACUAAGAUGUUUAAUUCAGGCUCUCAGCUUCCAUCAUGAAACUUUCUUCAGGUUCUCUUAACCCUUUUUCCCCCAAGAUGAACUCUCUUUACAGUUAGAAAAGACAAGAAACAAACCCCCAAACUUAAAAACAUCAAAGGAAGGUUUCCAGAUUGAAAGGAUACACCAAGUGCCCAGCAAGAUGGAUUGGGGGGAAACCUACAUCAAAGACCAUCACUGUGAAUGAUCAAAGCACCAGGUUUAAAGAGGAGAUGUUAAAAUGUUUCUGGAGAGGGAAAACAAAAGAUCAGGAGUAAGAAUAGCAUUGGAUUUCUCAACAGCAACCUUGACAGUCAGAUGACAUGGUGUAUGCCUUUGACAUUCUAAGGGAAAUGAUUUCCGCCAGAAUUUUAUACCCUCAAGGUAGAUUUCAGACCUUGUACCUCUUAAAAUUUUAUCUCCCCUGCAUCCUUUCUCAGAUGUGCAACCCUAAACAAGGGUUAAGAAAAAGGCAAGCUAUGUAGACCCUCUAUUAUAAUCUGUAUAUUGGAAGUCUCUUAAACACAAAAAUGGAGGGGCCCUGUCUGUGUGGAGCCAUCUACAUCUUGGAAGGACAGUCCUAAUAGAGUGCAGACUUCCGGAGACCUACCUUGGGUACAGUGCCCACCCUCACUACUUCUGACUCUGCAGUGACUCUUCGCUACUCAGUUGUAGUCUAUGCCUUUGCAAAAAUGGGGUGUUUGUACCCUUUGAAUCAGAUGCAAGGCCCUAUUUGUCCUAAAUUUGUCCAUCUCAUUACUGUUCCAAGUGACCUCCCAUCAGCAAACAUUCCCUUGCAAUUUCAUCUAGUUAUUUUUUAUGAUCUGGAAGAAGCCACCAUUAUUUUCUGUUACCUGCGGUUACAAGAGAAGUAAAUAUGUUCUAUUGUAGCAUCCACUCAUGCAGACAGCUUGACUUUGCCCACUGCAGGAAGCAGAGGGUAGUGGUUAAUCAUUCGGAGCUAGGCCAACUUUGGUAUGAACCCAGGCGUGUGACCUUGGUUAAGUUAUGGAAACUGCACUAAUUUCCUUAUCUGUAAAAUAGGGAUGACCGUCUACCUCACAGGAUUGUGCUGAGGAUUAACUGUAUUAAUACACAUAGAAGCGGUUAGAACAGUGACUGGAGCAUAAUAAAGUGUUAUUUAUUAUCAUAAUGUCAUUGUUAAGUUUUGACUUAUCAUGUAUAUACCAGUGAAACAAUCACCACAAUCAAGAUAAUAAACAACCAU